AUGACUUCUCCAGACAAAAAGGAUGGCAGUCAAGAUUCAUCAACUUUUUUUGAACCAUGCUCUUCUUUUUUCGAGUCAAGCUCUUCUUUUUUCGAAUCAAGCUCUUCUUUUUUCAAACCAGGCUCUUCUUUUUGCGCGCCAGAGAAUGGCGAAUUAAUUAACACGGAGGAGAAACAGCCUUAUUCCAAUCAGUUUUUAUCCAAGUUGCUUUCCAAGUACUUUUUGGACCCGUUAUUAUUAUACCAAACAUCUAAACAGGCCGCAUUGAAAACUCCAAGAUAUUCAAUAUAUUUACCACACGACUCGCUUGUUGCAAGGGAGGUAACUCCAUCUCAAAACAUCGAUAUUUCCACGAUAAAAAAACAGAAUUUUCAAAGCUCUACUGAUUGCCAUCAGUACUUUGAUUAUUCUGUGGAUUCGCCUUUCGGCCACUAUGAUGAAUAUCCUAGGGACUAUAAUUCACGAUCAGAGACUUCCCAAGCAUCUAUUCCAUUAAAGGCGCUCUUUUUUGCCAUCAGUGUGCCGACAUUCGCAAUUCUGAUUGUGUUUUCCUUUUCUUAUCUUUCCUUUGAAGGGGAGAAGAUAAAUGCUCUUAAGGAGCUUCUAAAAGAGUGGAAUGCUCUGGAAUCCAAUGGAGCUUAG